AUGAAAGGUUCUUAAUUUACAACUCUUAACAAAUUUGUGAUAGGCUGGGCCAUUUCUCUAACUUUAUUUGCUGCAUUAUCAAGAAACUUGAGAUGGUCAAUAAGUCUCUAUUAGAGUUUUUCAAAGGAUGAUAGAUUUGAUAUUGCUCUUGACAUACAUAGAUAUAUUUUCAUUUCUAUCAUAGAUUUUUUCAUUGGCAUUACUAUGCUAUACUUAUUCUAUCAUUCCUCCAAUUUACAUCAUACCAAGAUAUCAAUGACAAUGAAUACAGACAAAAAAAGAAAGAAGUAAACUACAAUUAAGUUUUAAAAAGACACUGAAACUGAGAAGAUUAGGAGACUUUUGGAAACUAGUGAUUCCAGCUAUGUUAAAUCUAAGGAUUAAGAUUUAUAUGAUAGUUUGAAUAGUGGGCGUACAUAAAGCGGAAUUGACAAAUAUGAAGUAGAAUUUAGUGAUGCAGGGAGUAGUUUAGAAGAAGAAAACAGUAAUCUUUCCUAAUUUAGGACAUUCUUGAUGGACUAAAUUAAUAAGUACAAAAAUGAUAAUAAAACUUAUGAGAAAUUUAAGUAAAACAUAUUUUGA